AUGGCCUCGCGAAUAGCGGCGCUAAGAUCUCUCCUUCCCGAUCUCGAAUUGGCGCUGAACUCCUUCACAUCGUCGCCGUCCAAAUUCCGCGUCGUGCGAACGGUGAAUCCCACCGCGAACCAGCCCAGGACACUCUACAUCCUCGAUUCCUCGUUUAAUCCGCCCUCUCUCGCGCAUUUCGCCCUCGCUACGUCCGCAUUGAAGCAUCCUGCGCCCUCGGAAGCGAAGCCACAUAGACUAUUGUUGCUAUUCAGCACGCAUAAUGCGGAUAAGGCACCGAGUCCUGCCAGCUUCGUGCAGAGGAUUGCGCUAAUGACAAUCUUCGCCGAAGACGUGGCUCGCGCGCUAAAGAUGUCGGAGCCUUCGGGCUCGGACCUUGCAGAUGUUUCUAUAGACAUCGGCCUCACGAAAGAACCGUACUAUACCGACAAAUCAGUCGCGAUCUCCGAAUCCACGCUUCCCUUCUACGCCUCGAACCCCGUCCACGUCCACCUCGUCGGCUACGAUACACUCAUACGCUUCUGCAAUCCGAAAUACUACUCCAAACACAGUCCACCGCUCUCGGCUCUCAGGCCCUUCUUCUCAGCCAGCCACAAGCUGAGGGUCACACAACGGCCGUUUGAUCCGAACGACAAGUCGUCGAGCGAGUUUGGCACGGCCGAGGAGCAGCAGAGAUAUCUAGAGAGGUUGAAGGACGGCGAGCUGGAGAAGGAAGGGUUCGAGUCGGGGUGGAGUGAGAACAUUGAUAUGGUUGAGGGCGGGGCGAGUGUUGGUAUUAGCUCGACGAGAGUUCGAAAAGCGGCCAAGGAGGGUAAUUGGGGCGAAGUCGGUAAGCUUUGCACGGAGGGGGUAUCGGCCUGGAUUAGGGAUCAGGCAUUGUACAGUGAGGACGCCAGUGGGAAGAAGACGAUGGAGUGA